CCGCCGCCGAUAGAAUCCACCGUAGUGCGUGUAUUCGGUCACACAAACACACAAACACACGUCUUACGGACGGUGCGGGGAAGUGAUAUUAACCAGGCGAGAAUUAAUUUCGUUUUUUUUUUUUUUUCUCCAUCCCAUUCCGUUUUGUUUUUGUUUACUCGACCGGUGUGACGGCCGAAAUCAAACCGCGUCCGAACGAUAACGUCGCGCGCGUGUCGUUUGUGUCGUCGCGUCUUGUUCCGACGCCGACGAGUUCGAGCCGUCUUCUAUCCUCCUCCGGUAUUUCCCGUUCGACCGUUUUGCCGAGAGACGAACGUCCGUCCGUGUGUCAGCCAGCGUUUCGUUUCCGGUCCACCGUCAUGCUGGGCGCCCCUUCUGUUGUGUCACGGAAGUCCGUCUGUCUAUUGUCACCGUUGUCUCAGAGAUUACCUGUGUUUUAUUACAUAUGAAUAGUUAAAUUAAUAGUUUUAAAUUAACCUAUGAUAUCAAUGAUCAAGAACUUUUUAACUAAUAUGAAAACAAUCAGAACAAAAUGACUUCAAGUGAUUUGGCUCAAAAACCAUUCUAUUGCCGUGAAUGGGUAUUUCAAAAAUUAUUACAUUGUUUUGAUCAAAGAAGCAAUUGGAAAACAUGUGGAGCACUACUAGUUGGAGGUGCUGGAUGUGGAAAAACUUCAUUAUGCUGCGAAAUUGUUCAUCCAUCUGGCAGACAACAACGUGCAUUAAAUAGAAGACUAUUGGCUUAUCAUUUUUGUCAAGCUCAAAAUAUCAACACAUUAUCAGUUACACAUUUUAUUCUAAGUUUGAUUUCACAAUUAUCUGAUUCAUUGCCCAAAUCAUACAAAGAAAGAUUAAAAUCUGAUCCAGCAAUACAAGAAUCUUUGUCUCCAAUCAAUAUAGUAAAAGAUGCUGAUGAUGCAUUUAAAAAAGCUGUUGUAUUUCCACUAAUUGAUCUUGAAUUACCAAAACAUACAAUGUUUCUUUUAGUUGAUUCAGUUGAUGAAGGAUUAUGUUCAAAUGAUAGAUCUGAUCCAAAGUUUAAGAAUAAUUCAAGUAAAACUAUUACAGAGCUAUUAGCUACUCAUCAUCAUUUAUUUCCUCAAUGGUUGAUGCUUAUUUGUACAACACGUAGACAAAACAAAAAUGUUGCUCGUAUGUUCUCUGGUUUUCGUAAAAUUUGCAUAGAUGAUCUCCGUAAAUCACAAGUAGUUAGAGAUAUACAACAGUAUAUAUUGAGCCGUUUGGAAUCUGAGGAAUCUUUACGCCAACAUAUGAGUAGAGAUACAGCUGAAAUGUUAAAUCAGUUGCAUAUUAAAAGUAAUGGUUGUUUUCUUUACUUGGAAAGGGUAUUAGAUGGAAUAGCCGAUGGAUGUGUAGUCUUGAGGGAAAUUAAAGAUAUUCCUGGAACUCUUAAUGGACUGUAUUUAUGGUUUUGUCAGAGGCUUUUGAAUUCAAAACAUUUUUCAAAAGUACGGCCUUUAUUAAAUGUAAUUUUAGCAUCUCCUGAACCUCUAUCAGAAGAACAAUUAAGUAGUAUUAUACAUUCUGUAUACCAAUACAUGACUGUUGAGGAAUUUCACAAACGAUUUAGCUUAUUAAGAAGAAUAUUUUCAUUACCAAGAGAUUCAAAAAUAAUACAAUUUCAUCACAGUUUCGGAGAAUGGUUCCUAGAUGUCAAACAUUGUACUAGAAGGUUUUUGUGCUCCGCUAAUGAAGGACAUGCUAUGAUUGCUUUUCAUUAUACGCUAAGAUGUUCAAAACCUCCUGGGUAUGAAGAAACUCAUAAAUUAGCUUAUCAUUUAUCAAGAGUAAAUCCAUUACCAGUCUGGACAAAUUUUUCUGACACUAAUUUAUUGCCAUUACUAUGGUUGAUUGACAGUGGAGCACAAAUUUCUGAUAGUAUGACAAUUCCUUGUUAUGAUAGAAAAACUGUUAAUUUUUUGGAAGGAGCCAAUAAUUGUUUUAAAUCAGAUGUUGAUCUAAAAUCUAAUAAGAUUGAAACAAAUUUUGGAUUAGUAUCAUCCCCAAAAUUUGAAAAAAAUUUGGCACUUUAUUCAAAUACUUCAUUACCUUCAAAUUUAUAUGAAGUAGAUAUCAAUGGUAGGAAUACUUUACAUUUACUUGCAAUGGAUGGAAAUUUAAAUGUUCUUCGAGAUUUAUUACAAGCUCAUUCAGAUAUAAAUUUAGAAGUGAAUGAUAAUAAUGGACAAACACCACUUAAUAUAGCUGCACGUCAUGGUUAUCUUGAAGUUGUAGAGCUUCUAUUAAAAUAUAACUGUAAAAUAGAUCAUGCAGAUGUUGAAGGUUGGACUGCUUUAAGAGCUGCUGCGUGGGGUGGUCACUCACAAGUAGUGGAGUUAUUGCUCAAACAUGGAGCUGAUGUAGAAUGCUCUGAUUGUGAAGGACGUGGAGCAUUACGUGCUGCAGCUUGGGGAGGUCACAAUGAUGUUGUGAUAAAAUUACUAGAAGCCGGUGCAAACCCUAAUACUACUGAUGGUGAUGGUAGAACGCCAUUGAUUGCUGCAGCAUAUAUGGGCCAUGCCGAUAUAGUUGGAAAAUUGCUGGAUAAUGGUGCGAAUAUCAAUCAUCAAGAUAGUGAUGGCCGUACUGCUUUGAGUGUUGCUGCUUUAUGUGCACCUACUAAUGGAGGAUAUGCCAAAGUUGUCACUUUGUUGUUGGAAUCUGGAGCUUUUGUUGAUCAUGAAGAUAAAGAUGGGAUGACACCUUUACUUGUUGCCGCAUUCGAAGGCCAUAGAGAUGUUUGCGAAAUUUUGUUAGAAGCAGAAGCUGAUGUAGACCACUGUGAUAAGUUAGGUAGAACGCCUUUGUGGGCUGCUGCAUCAAUGGGACAUCCUGCAUGUGUUUCACUUUUACUUUUUUGGGGUUGUUAUGUGGACAGCAUAGAUAAUGAAGGACGUACUGUGCUUAGUGUGUCUGCAGCUCAAGGGAACAAUGUUGUGGUAUCACAACUACUAGAUAGAGGUCUUGAUGAACAACAUAGAGAUAAUUCUGGUUGGACACCAUUACAUUAUGCUGCAUUCGAAGGUCAUCAAGUUGUUUGCAGAACAUUGUUGGAGAGUGGAGCAAAAAUUGACCAAACUGAUAAUGAUGGUAAACCACCUUUAAUGUUAGCUGCUGAAGAAGGGCAUUCAGAAUUAGUAAGUGAAUUUUUAAAAAACUAUGGAGCUCCUCCAGAUCAAAAAGCCCAUGAUGGAAGAACUGCUUUAAGAUUAGCUGCGUUGGAAGGUCAUAUUGAAGUAGUUAGAAGUCUUGUAGAAUAUGGAGUAGACGUAAACAAAAAAGAUGCUGAUGGUCGAAGUACUCUCUAUGUUCUUGCUCUUGAAAAUCAUUUAGCAAUGGCUAAAUUUUUUAUUGACCCUGGUGGAGCAGAUGUUGAAAGCACAGAUUCUGAAGGCCGAACUGCUUUACAUGUUAGUUGUUGGCAAGGUCACUGUGAAAUGGUAUCCUUAUUGUUGAAACUUGGAAAAGCUAAUUUAAAUGCAACUGAUAAUGAAAAUAGAACACCUCUUCACUUGGCUGCAUGGCAAGGGCAUUCUGUCAUUGUUCGGUUAUUAAUUGAACAUGGGGCUAAUGUUAAUCAUGCGUGUAAUCAAGGAGCAACAGCCUUGGGUAUUGCUUCUCAAGAAGGUAAUGAGACUUGUGUUCGAUUAUUGUUAAUGCAAGGUGCCAGCCCAUUGGUAUCUGACCACUGUGGACGAAAUGCCAUAAAAAUUGCUGCAAAAAGUGGCCAUGAUAAUAUUGUCAAGCUACUAGAACAAUUUUGUCCUACAAAAAACGAAAGUAGUGGAUUUAAUACAGCUAAUACUUCUUGUGGUUCUGGUUCAACAACUGAAACUAAACCAUCCUCAGCUAUAUUAGUGAAUCCAUUAUUAUCUAAUACCAAUCAUGCUCCGAUUCAUGAUUCAUCUCCCAUUGAAUCGCCAGAUUCAACAGCUAAACGAACUUCAUUUGUUUCAAACUAUAGCAAAUCCAGUUCUAAUUUGACUGAUAGUACCAAAAGUUCUCACCAAGAUUUACCAAAACAGUUGACUCCAUUGACUUUUACACAAAAAUUACAACAAUGUAGUCGACGUAUCAAGUCAAGACCCACUUCUAAAGUACUAAGUCCUUUGCAGAGUCCUAUAUAUGCAACACCACCUCACAGCCCAAAUUUAGAAGAACCUUCAGCUCCGAGUAUUCAUGUAUUGACGGAUGAUCAUUUUUCACGUGACACUCAUAUGCGAAUUAUUCUUGGUAAUAAGGCUGUGUUAAAAAAAUCGACUUCUGAUUCCAAUCAUAAUAAAAAUUUGGGAAACAACAAGCAAAAACGUAAUGGUAUUGUUACUAAUCCAGCAUUAAGGAUAAUGCCAGCUAUUCGUAAUGGUUUAGAAAUGGCUGCUGGACGUAAAAAUAAAACCCCUCAUUUGCCCACUGAUAGUUUUAAAUGGCGAAAAGAAACGCCAUUGUAAUUAUAUUUUUUAUAUCCUCCAAGUGAGUUUUUUUUUUUUUUAAGAGUAUUUAUUUAUUUUUGUUGUAAAAUUUUGAUUUAAAAAGUUGCCAUUUUGUUUUAAUUUCAAUGUAUGGAUUGAAAACUAACUUAGUAAUAAAGUUAUGUUUUAUCAAUCAUCCUCUAGGCCUAAAUGAUAAAAUAAGUAUACCAAGUAAUAAUUUAUACUGUAGAUUUAUAGAAAUUAUGUACGUUUUGUAUCAAGUUGAUCUAAUUUUGAUGAAAUAUAUUUUUAUAUCUUCCCUUCGUUCUCUUAAGUAUUUGUGGCCAAUAUAAUAUAAUUAUUAUCUUUUAAAUAUGGUGUGUUACAAGAACUAAGUAUUUAUCACAUUCAUCUAUUUGUAAGACAAUUAUUAUUUUGGUUGUACAGAGUAAUUUUGUAACUUCACAUUAGAAAGGAAAAACGGAUUUAUUUGUUCUUAGUUUAUAAUAUGGUUUAAGAAUACAUUUUAUAGUGCAAUCUAAUUUUAGAAUUUGAAGAUGUUAUUAAGUGUUAAAAUCUGAAUUAAAUUUAAACAUCGCGAAUCAUCCUAUAUAUUUAAGAAAUUUUUUAUAAUGGUAUCUGUAAUAUUUAUUUAUAAUGAAUUAAAAAUGAUAGUGUUUGUGAUAGAACUGUAGAAAUGAGCAUUAAUAAAUUACUCAUGUAAUAAUUUUAAAGAAUAUUUUUUGGAUCUUACUAAUUCAAACACAUGUAUAAUACUAAAAUUCCAUUCUAAAAUUUGCAUUUAAAAUGAACUAUUUCUGUGAGUGUACUGAAGAUUGUUGAACAUCAACCAAAAUCUACAUUUGUGUAAACUAAAUUGUAUUUAUAAAAAAAUUUUUUUUUAAUUCACUAAAUAAAUAUUUGUCUAAAACAAUACAAUUUACAAUAAUGGGUUUUAAGUUUUAACUUAAACUAAAAUAUCACUUAUUAUAUGAUAAUGUGUAUUACUUUAUAAAACCAAAUAUUGACAAUAGUAUUUAAUUUUAAAAUUAAACAAACCAUUAUUUAUAUUUAUUUAGAUACUUAAGUUUUUUUUUAUAGUAAUUUAUUUCUUACGAGUGUCGUCAAUUGAGUGUCCUUCACAGUAAAAUAAAUAUGAUUAAUAAUAGAAAAUAUUUACGUAUUCAUCUUCUCUUUCUCGUGGUUAUUACAUUUACACAUAACAUUGUAUUUAAUGUCAGUAAACAAAACUACCUCAAGAAUGUUCAUGACAGUAGUUUGAAAUGCAUACCAUUACUGCAUACUAUACAAAUUAAUAUGUCUCAUUUUGGCAUAUUUGUGAUAAAUCAAAUAAUAUAGAUUGUAUUUAUGAUUAUAAAACCUGGACUUUUAAAAAAUUCCUAUUUUUUUACAACUUUAGUAUUAGAAAAAAUUAUUAUAAAUCACUAUUACUAUACCACUGUGUUCGGUGUAGUGCGUAUUCCUUACUACUAUUAGAUUGUCUAAUGAACAAAUUUUCUUUGUUAUCAACAAUAUUUUUUUUUUUUAUGUAGAUUUAUUAAGGUAUUGUUUGUAUGUUAGUUCUGGUUUGAGUAUUUACCCCAUAAAAUGUAUUGCUUAACUUCUAUUAUUCGUUUUGUUGAAGAAUUUGUCGUAUCAAUUUCAACAACCCGUUUUUGUUUUUUUUUUUUUUUAUUAUUUGCAAUAAAGUUGUUGUAGCUUGGUCAUUAUUAUAAUUUACCAUAUUAAUAAAACCAUAUUCAAAGCCCUGUUUUAUAAACUAAUAUGUAGAAAAAUGAGUUAAUAUUAAUUUUUAUUUUAUGACUUCUUAUUAGUUUUUUUUUUAUUUUACAUUUUAAAGUUUGAUGUCUACCUACUGUUUGUAUACGAUAAUAUUAAAAUUGCACUUUGUACUAACAAAUUACUUGUCCAUUUCAAUUUAUAAACCUAAUAACUAAUGAUACAUCACAAUUAGUCCUUAUUUAUUUUAACUAUUUUGUAAUACAAAUAAACCUUUCUAGUCCUCCUAUUUUUUUUUUUUUUUAUCAAUAUUAUUAUUACGUAUAAAUAAUGUAAUUUAUUUAUUACCUAUUUUUUCCUUUUUUUUUUUUUCGUAACUGAAACAUUUGUACGAAGUAAUAGCUUUUUUUUAAACUACUUUAAGUUUCUAGUCAAUAAAUUUGUUAGUACAAUUUUUAAAGUCGUUUCUUAUGUUUGAUAAUAUUGUACAAGCAAAGCUCAACGGCCGAUUUAUAUAUACAUUUUUUUUUUUUUUGGUACUUAGUUUUUUAUGAUUCUGAUGUGAAGUAGACUGAUAGAAUUUUUUUUAGUAAAGCUUGAAUUAUAUUAAAUUAAAUAAAUGAAAAUAUAUUUUAAACUAUA